UGCUUUUCCAACCCAGCCUCAAGCAGAGCUUUCAGGCUUAGGGUUUAGAACUAAUUACCCCAAGCCUCACCCCUUUCAACCCCCAGUCCCCCCCACAAACCCGCGAGAGAGACACGACGACAACACCGCACGCACCACCUCGUAACCCCAGCCUCCACCCGCGUUUCGAAUUUAGACCUUCAGGCCCAGCUCCGCGCGCGCGGUUCACGAGUACCUGUUUCCGCGAUGAUUCGGCGCAACGCGCGGCUGCGCCGCGAGUACCUGUACCGCAAGAACCUAGAGGGCAAGGAGCGCGUGCAGUACGAGAAGAAGCUCAAGAUCCGCCAGGCGCUGCAAGAGGGCCGGCCGGUUCCCACGGAGCUGCGCAACGAGGCGCUGGCGCUGCGAGACGAGAUCGACCUUGAGGACGAUUACACCGCGGAGCCGCGGUCGCACGUGGACGACGAGUACGCGAGGGCGGGCGAGGAGGACCCCCGGCUGCUGCUGACGACGUCGCGCGACCCCAGCAGCCGCCUCACGCAGUUCGUGAAGGAGCUCAAGAUCGUCUUCCCCAACGCGCAGAGGAUCAACCGCGGAGGCCAGGUGAUCAACGACAUAGUGGCGUCGGCUCGCAGCAGUUCCUUCACGGACAUCGUAGUGGUGCACGAGCACCGAGGCCAGCCCGACGGACUCGUCGUCUGCCACCUGCCCUACGGCCCCACUGCCUACUUCGGCCUGCUCAAUGUGGUUACGCGGCAUGACAUCCAGGACAGAGCGGCCAUCGGCACCAUGUCAGAGGCGUACCCACACCUCAUUCUAGAUAACUUUUCAACCAAGCUGGGGCAGCGCACGUGCAACAUUCUCAAGUACCUGUUCCCGGUGCCCAAGCCCGACUCCAAGCGCGUCAUCACAUUCGCCAACCAAGCCGACUACAUCUCCUUCCGGCAUCAUGUAUAUGAGAAGCCUCAAGGACCCAAGUCCCUGCAACUGAAGGAAGUUGGACCUAGGUUCGAGCUGCGGUUGUAUCAGAUCAAGCUAGGAACAAUGGAUCAACCAGAGGCUGAGAAUGAGUGGGUGAUUCGGCCGUAUAUGAAUACGGCCAAGAAACGUACUCUGUUGUGAUAGAUUGCAGGCGAAUUCUUGAUGGCGUUUUUUUUUUUUUUUUUUUUGCAAUAAUUGAGUUCCAGUGUGUUAUGAAUUAAUCCGAGUAAUAACA